UUCUCUUCCAUGAAGUGUACAACUGGAAAUUCAUUCACCCAAAAUCUAAAGAAAAAUUACCACAGUUACCAGCAUGGGUAUCUUCACGUACCUGGCUCUGACGGUCUCCAUGGCAACGAUGUACGGCGUCGGCGCCUUCACCAGCGACUGGGACACGGCGUUUGACUUCAAGUGUCUACAGGGUCGUGCCCUCAACUACAUCCACAGUGAUUACGGCAAGUUCUUCAAGGACCGGAAGUGGGAGUUAUUUUGCCGCUCUGUGGGUGCGACCAGUGCUUGUGAGCAAAGUGACUAUGUAAACGAAUUUAACAAGCCGUUCAACUAUGUGUGUCCACUGAACAAGGUCCUCACUGGCAUCGCCAGCAUAAAUAGCGACGUUCACGAAGACCGCAGGUUCAAAUUCCAAUGCUGCAAAAUCACCGGCAAAAACCCAAUCGGAUGUCACCUAACUGACUACGUCAACGACUGGGAAAAGAAAAUGAAUUUUACCACCCUCCCGGGUAAGGUGUUAAAUGGCGCUAACAGCAUCUACGACAAAGAUCACCAGGACAGGAGAUGGAAAUUCAGCAUUUGCAACGUUCAAUAAAACCUUAUUUCAUUUAUAUGUUAAUGGAAUAUCAUAUCGAUCAAUGUUAGUGUUUAAAUAGUUGACACUUUUUCUUUUUUAGUUACUGAACAAUAUUUUGAAGAAAGAAAUGUAAAAACGUUUUUUUUUUAUUUAAAGAAACAAAUGUGUAGCAUAUUUUGACUUAUUUU